CGAUGCCAUUCUGCUGGAGGAAGUCUCUUGUUGCUUCCGGUUCAAAGUUCGUAAAACCACGUCACCGAAGUUCGACUGAAAGGCGUAUGUGCAGAAACUGUGGAAAAAGAAGUGAGCCUCAAUUGUGUGCAGGAACAAGAGUAGGCAGGACUUCAAACUCAGUAUAAUGGACAGUCAUCAGCCUACAAACCCAAGAUCACUGGAGGGUGUUCCGGGACCAGAGGGCGGACCUAGCACAAGCAUAAAUGAAGUCAACAGCGCAGUACCAGUACAACCAACACCUAGCACAAUCAUAAAUGCGAUAAACAGUACUUUUUCUGUACAGCCACCAGGCGGCAGUUCGUCAGGACGGAGGGACGACAUCCGCUUUGAAAAUAUCGUAGGAGUAACGAGACAACAUCUGAAGACGUUUGACAAGAGAAGAUUUGUGGAGACAGGAGCCUAUCAUGAGGCCCGACAUCGUGUACAAGACCUUGGAGGCUUGGUGAUAGUUGGACAACGAGGGAGUGGUAAAACAACCAUUGGCAUGCACCUACUGAAAUCCUUUAAACGAACACCCGUCAUCCUCUCCAGUCCUGAAGAUUGGUAUACACUUCCUCUGCGACAAUCAAGAAGAGAAAGAAUGAACGUUCUUGUGGACAAUAUAUUUGGAUUUGACAACCUUGACUACCAUCGGAAAGAAGCCUGGUUGCACAUACUUGAUAUGAUGUCGUCCCAGGUUCAACUCGGCCUCGUAAGUGUUGUUAUUUUAUUGAGUACCGAUGUUUACAACAUUUGUGAAAAACAACUCUCAAGAUUCUCAUUGUUUAGAGUGGCACACAUCUUAUCACUAUCAGACCCACAAUAUCAUUUAAAGCCUGAAGAAAAGUUAAAAAUGGUUCAAAUCCACAGGAAGAAAGGAACCCCCAUAACAGGUGACACUAACAUUGAAAUGGCUCUGGCAAAACUUAGUAAUGUGGCAUUUCCGCUAAUUUGCCAUACGUUUGCAAGUUGUAGAGAAGCACAAGAAAGAGGCCUGCAGUAUUUUCAAAACCCAGUUGAAUGUAUUGUGAAGAGAUUCAAGAUAUUGAAAGAACAAAAUGAUGUUCAGUACAUUGUUUUGGUUCUCCUUGCCGUGAUGCAGGGGCGGCUACCAAAGAGGUUUUUCUAUCCAGACAGACAGUCCAGUGAAAUCAAGGACAUUGCCCUUGUUUUGGAAAAGGUCAAGUAUUUUGUUCCUCGUGGAGUUGGUAUAGAUUUGAACAAGCUACAACGUACCACAGACAGCAUGGUUGGGGAAUAUUUGACCUUCUCAAAGAGAUACCAGUCUUACACGUACCUAAAUACACUGUAUUAUGAUUCUCUGCUCCUCAGCUUUGCAGACAACCAUUUGCAAGAUGUCAUUGACAUAUGUCCAGCCACAUUUCUUGUUCAGUAUAUACCUGCAUGCAAUCCUUCGGAGAGAAGCCUUGCAGGUCAAGUUCAGAGGGAACAUUUCAAGAGCUUGGCAAGAAGAAUAGCUGCUGAGCUCACAGAAGGGGAUUUCUUCACCAUACUCAACCACCAAGCUUUGAGGGAUAAACAGUUUGUACAUGUUCUAACAAAACAAGUCCUGGGAUGUGAGGGUUGCACGCGUAUCUGCUAUAGGAAAAUUGGUUUCUUACAGUUUUACCAAAAAGCGCCAUUUAACUUAGCAUAUUCUUCCUUAGUGUCUAAGGGACCUCAUGAGAUAUUUCUAAGUUCACUAGGACAGACAAAAAGAUGGCUAUUCAACUUUAAGUCUCUUAUUUGCUUGAUAAUUAUGCAGGAUUUGCCAUUGCUAGCAAACCAAAUUGUUUCACUGUCUACGUGUUGCUUUGACCGGAGACUGCUACACUGCGCAUGUUUCAUGGGACUCAAUGAUAUUGUAGGAGAACAUCCAAGCAUUUCCCCAUUACAGCUGAAUGACAUGCUGACCACAUGUAUUGUUUCCGACAAAGUUAAAGUACGUCUAUUCAAAAAGCUUCUAACAUGGUGGAGAAAAACCAAACAACAAUCUUCAAGGCAUAUCGCAUACUUAGCAGGCCUAGCACUUGCUGUUUUCAAGGAGACAUAUGUGAGGGAGCUUCUGAAAACGCUGAAAAAGUUACCUUGUGAUUAUGCAGGUUUACUGGACAAAUUUCUUCAACAAAUGUUGUUUCAUUGUUACUAUUGUGAAGAAGUUUAUAGGCCUCUUCAAGUUACUUGUGAUGUCAAGAUAUCAGAAGCACGAAAGUUGAUACAACUGCUGAUAGAUGAAGGAGCUCGGGAUCAGGACGGCAAGAUGAUCUUUAUGGCAUCUCAACACAAAUCUUCAGAUGCUCUGGAAUUGUUACUAAGACAUAGUUCCAGCUUAGAAUACACUUUAACGGAGGGUGAGGGUUCAUGGACACUUCAUUUGUCAAGCUUUAAAUCUUGUAUCAUUGGUACAAAAGGGCGAACUCCUCUUUUGGAAGCCUCUUGUCGAAGUAUUGAGUCCGUGAAACUACUGCUUGCCCAUGGUGCAGAUGUGAAUGCAAAAGACAUACAUGGCUACACCAUUCUUCAUUCCAAACUUGUGUAUAGUGACAUUGAAUGCCUGAAGAUUAUAUUAUCAACCAUAUCACCAACCCUGGGGUCAACCUCAUCACCAUUACUCAAAGCAAGUGAGUUUGGUAAUCUAGAUUGUUUCCUCUCUCUUCUAGAAUGGUAUUCAAAACUGCCAAACAGACAGGAUGUCCUGAUUGCCCAGGACGUUGUUGGUUCAACAGCUCUCCAUAAAGCUGUUCUGUCUGGAAUUGAUGUGAGGGGUAAGGUGGAGGCUCUCAUUCAAGCUGGAGCUGACGUCAAACUCACAAAUAAUAAAGGCAACUCAGCUCUUCACCUUGCCUCAGUUGGCAACAGUAUUGAGGUUGUUAAGAAACUUAUUGGAUCAGGUGCAGAUGUAAACCAGAGAAAUGAAGAAGGAAAUACACCACUACAUUUUGCGCUGUCAAGUAAAUCCACAAAGGCAUGUGUGGGAACGCUCCUGGAAAAAGGUGCAGAUAUUCUGUUGGAAAAUAGUGUAGGUGUCACGCCAUUAUUUGAAGCAGCUGGGAUGGCCUCUGUGGAAACACUCGAGUUACUUCUGAAGUACUGUCCACAGAACCCACUUAGUACACAUGACCUCAAACUGAAUCCGUUAAUGGCUUCUCCAAAUCUGAACAAAGUAAAACUGCUGACCGCUUCAGGAUUUUGUACAACACCAACCGUUGCUCAAAAGUUUCUAAUGGUGCUAUCACGAAUGGAUUUCCCUACCACAUCAGACAUGGGUGUAAUUGAUGAAUUUAUUGUAUAUCCUUCAGAAUCAGAACUUGAGUGGCAAGAUGAGUGGUAUGACAAGCUGGUUUUUCAUCUUUGUGAGCGUGGUGCAAAUAUCAACCUGCUAGUUGAACAAUCCCUAGAAAGAACCUGGCAACAUUGUUUUUAUGACUGUUCAGAGUCAAUCUCAUUUGAGGGGAAUUCAAGCAUUUCAGAUAGUGAUAUUUCAGAAUCCUUGGGCUUCACGCCCCUCCAAGCAGCUAUGAUUGGAAGUCAUACCAAGAUGGUUAAAUGUUUGUUGGGAAUGGGUGCUGACCCAAAUAUCAAAUCUGCUCAAGGACACAUAAUUCCAUUUAAGAUAAUGGAUAAAACAAAUUCCAAGUUAUUCGGGAGUCCACUUGCUUUUACAUUUCCCAUAUCUUUUGAGAUAAUCAGAUUGCUAACUGAAAAUGAAAGAAAACUUAAUUUUGCCGACAAUGCUGACAAAAUGAUGUGUGCUAUUUCUGAAAGAAAGUUUUGGAAGACUUUGGAUUUUUUCCUCAAUCAAGGAGGUAUUGACGUAAAUUCCAGAUUUGAUAGAGGUUUUUUGGGAACUGGAACAGCACUCCACAUCUCGUGUGAAUCAUGGAGGUGUUUGGAGGUCCUGCUGAAACACAAUGUUAAUGUCAACAUGCAGGAUGACCAGGGGAACACAGCAUUGCAUUUGUUAGCAAACAGACAGAAAAGCCAAGGCAAAAUUGCUCUAUUGCUUCAAAAAGGGGCAGACCCUAACAUCACAAACAACAAAGGUCAAACUCCUCUCCUUAGUGCCUGCUCAAUGAGCCAGGCUCCACAGAAAUAUGAAUCCAAACAAAAAGAAAAAAUAUGCAAUUUCAAAGGACUUGAAAAUAUAAAACAGCGGCAGACGUUGAGGAUAAAAAAACGGACAGUUGACAUUACAAGGUGUUUUAAUGACACUGUUGAAGUGCUCCUGAAGUAUAAGGCUAAUGGGGACGUAACAGACAGUGAUGGAUUUGCUGCCCUCCACGUUGCUGUUCGACAAUCCAACUAUGAACUGUUGUGUGUCCUGUUAAACGGGGGAUGUGACGCUAAUGUUAGCGAUGCUAAUGGAAACACGCCUUUGAACCUGUUACUGGAACUUGUGGCCGAUUGUCAACAGGGGACAGCAUCAUACUACAUACCACACCACAGACGGGAAAUCCAGGUUUGGAAGUUUGUGAUGGAACUGUUAGACAGGAAUGCUGAUGCUGAUAUCCAGAACAGUAAAAAGAAUGCCCCUCUUCACCAUGCAGCUUCCAUGAACUGUCAGCGCUCACUGGAGUUGCUUUUAGAAGCUGGUGUCGAUGUGGAUGUAGAGGAUGCACAUGGAAAGACACCUCUACACAGAUGUGCACAAUCUGGUCAUGCUAGGAUCGCUAGGAUUCUGUUGGAAAACAGCAGUGACGUUAAUGCUAGGGAUGAUAAAGGCGACACACCUCUCCAUAUGGCUGUGAGAAGAAAGCAAUACAACAUGGUGAAGCUGCUUGUACAGAUGGGUGCUGAUCUGUCUGAAACAAACACUGAUGGUCUCACUGCCUAUGACACAUGUGUGGAGCUGGAACAAUCAUGCAGUAGAGCCUGGUGGAUUCAUAAGGGACAGAAACUCUUACUUGUUCUAAAUCCUGUACACGAGAUGGGCAGUUUCUAAAGAAGGGCUUCUGGUAGAGAAAACACCCUCUUGUUUUCACUACAUGGAUCUAAUGUGGAUUCAAUCCCUUUGGAGGACCUAUCAGAAUAGAGGAUCAUUCAUGGUCAGGAAAAGUAUUACGAUCCUCCCCAGAUCUGUAGCUUGUUACAGACCGUUAGUAGUAGCAGUAGCAGCUGUAGUAGCAGCAGUAGCAGAUUCAUGACGUCCAGAAACUGUUCCCGGUGUUGUAUAUCGUGUACAAAACAUAAACGCCACAUUGCAGCUGACACUUAAGAUUCCUAUACAAGUCAUACUUGAGGAAAGAGGUCUACAUACAUGUCUACCUUAGUGCAUCCCUCUGCUUUAAUAUAACGUGUAUCCAAACCAUGCUCUGCUAGAGUGAGUCAUGGGAACACGGGUGACCCAAUCUUCUAUGGUGCCACAGUUCGCUGUGCAAAGUUGCAUCCCUUGGACAGGCCAGAAACCUGUGAUCAUGGGUUUGAAUCCUGGGGUUGACCCACUUAUGUUUCUAGGUUUGUCAGCACCAUACCCGUGCUCGUGGGUUUCA